CAGGUUAUGUGAUCAUGUUUCAUUUACAGAUUUAAGAAUGACAACAAAUUCAACUUUAUCAUCUUUAUCUUAUUUUAUUCUUGGAGCUUAUUUGAACUUUGGAAACUUAAGAUACUUUUAUUUUAUGAUAACCGCUUUUAUUUACAUUGUUAUUGUUGUUGUCAACACAUCUCUCAUUGUGAUUAUCUGUAUGAACAGAAGCUUACAUGAACCUAUGUACAUAUUUCUGUGCAGCCUGUUUGUAAAUGAACUGUAUGGUAGUACAGGGUUGUUUCCAAUGCUUCUGGUUCAGAUUCUCUCUGACAUUCACACUGUUUCUGUUCCCUUUUGUUUCCUGCAGAUCUUCUGUGUGUAUACUUAUGGAAGCAUAGAGUUUUGUAAUUUAGCCAUCAUGUCUUAUGACAGAUAUCUUGCUAUCUGUUGUCCUCUGCAGUAUCACACACGUAUGACAAUCUACAAAGUGGGUGUGUUUAUUGCUGUAAUAUGGUUGUACUCUUUUGUCAAAUUCUUGAUUACUUUAUCCUUAAACAUUCGUCUGACACUUUGUGGAAAUGUCAUAAACAGUUUGUACUGUAAUAACUACCUUGUUGUUAAGUUGGCAUGUUCAGACACCAAAGUGAACAACAUUUAUGGACUUUUUGGUAUUGUCCUCACUGUAUUAGUCCCUCUGCUCCCAAUCCUUUUCUCUUACAUGAAAAUUCUUAAAAUCUGUUUUUCUGGUUCCAGACAGACCAGACAGAAAGCUGUCAGUACCUGCACACCUCACCUUGUGUCUCUCAUAAACUUUUCUUUUGGCUGUGUGUUUGAAAUAGUUCAGAGUAGAUUUGAUAUGAGCAGUGUACCCAGUGUGCUACGAAUCAUUCUCUCACUGUACUUUGUGAUACUUCAACCACUUCUGAAUCCUAUCAUGUAUGGAAUGCAAAUGUCCAAAAUACGAAAUACAUGUAAAAAUCUCUGCUGUUAUAAAACGUCGACUGGUCACAAAGAUCUGAUGCUGAAAUAAAGAUGUAAAUCACUUAUAAUCUCUUUCGUUGAAAUAUUUACUCAUAAAAUGUAAAAAUUCCUCAGUGUCUGUCAUUGAAUAAUAUCAUCAAUGUCGGUGGAAACCUUGUAUCUUCAUAUUUUGUCAUUUUAAUUAUUUUUUUUAUAAAUUAAUGCUGUUGGUCAAUGUUUACACCUGCCUGUGGGUUUUACAAAUAUUUAAGCAAUGAAAAGGUUUAAAACCAACAAUACCAACCUUUAUGACACAGUUGUUUUGGACAGAAAAGGUUUCCACCUGACAGCGGCAAUAUGCAAUGUGGUGUAAUGAAAUAAAAUCACAGUAAUGAAUUUGAAUAGAAUUUGGAAAAGGUAAACCUGAUACAGAAUUCAGUGGGAAAUUGAUUAUGAAUAUUAUUUAAUCUCUCAACACAGUGUGAGAUAAGAAUAUUAAUAUUCUGCUGUCAGAGCUCAUAGUCUAAUGACUAUGGUUUAGGCCAGUCUUUCAGUAAGUGAAUGUAUUGUAUAAAUAUAGAAAAACACACAAUCAUCAGAGUGAAAACUAGAAAAAAAUGUCUCCAUAAGGAUUUGAUCCAGUUUCACCAAAAUCACUGACAUAGUUGGUGGUGUGUGACUUAGUGUGUUAUGCAGUUAUCGCAACCUGUAGACCAAAGUUACAUACUGUAAGAACAGGAGUACAGAGGAACACUUCACCCUGUUACAGCCACUGCAAUGUCAACAUGAUUUUGAAGCUGUUGAUAUUAUACAAAAAGUUACAUCAUGGGGCUUUAAGUACACAUUUUAGGAAGUGUGUUAAUACACAACAGUCAAUAACAUUGGAUGUAUAAUGUUUUAAAGAAUUCGGUCUAGACCUGCUCUAUUUGAAAAGUGUCCUUAGAUAACUUCUGUUAUGAAUUGGCGCUAUACAAAUAAAGUUGAAUUGAAUUGAA